ACACGACAACCACCGUGCUCGUCAUGACGGCCACCGUGUCAGACCCGACGACCAUCGUGCCGGACACAACGACCAUCAUCGACGAUCGUGUCGGACACGAAGACGGUCGUGCUCGAUACGAUGGCGGUCGUGUUCGACACGACAACGGCCGUGUUCGACACGACGUCGGUCACGACGACGGCCGUGCACGACAACAAGUCGGACACGACGACGAGCGUGUUCGACACGGCGACGGCCGUGUUCGAUACGAUGGGGAUCGUGCUCGACCCGACGCCGAUCGUGUUCGACACGACAACCAGCGUGUUCGACACGACAAGGAUCGUGCUCGACACGAUGACCAUCAUGUUCGACACGACGAUGACCGUGUCGGAAACGACGACGAUCGUGUUUGACAUGACGCCCAGCGUGUUCGACACGACAACGAUCGUGUUCAACACGACGACCGUCGUGUUUGACACGACGACCAGCGUGUCGGACACGACAACGAUCGUGAACGAGUUGUCUAUGUCCGGGAGGGAUAUGUGUUUAGUUCAAAGAAGGGUAGAUGGGAGACUAGAUAUCGUGGUGGGUGGCCAGGUGGAGGACGUUGUCGCAUGGCGCGAGGUCGAGGCUAAAGACGUUUCAAUUCGGGAUGCCAUAGGCGCUUCUCUCGUCGGGAACUCUGGGUUUGUGCGAAUGACAUACAUUUCGGUGUUUGCUGAGAUGGCGCAGCAGCUGACCUUCGGAUCGCCAAUUAGCGUGUUGAAUGGCCGCAACGGCGUGAUUGCUCCACGUAGUCGGUAGAUAGCCUUCGUCAUAAAGAAUGGCCGAAACGGCAUACUGAAUGGCCGAAAUGGCCGCAACGGCGAGAUUGUUCCCGUAG